CCGUCGCCACCGCCACCGCUACCGAGGCCGAACGGAGCCGUUAUCGCCGAGCCGCCGCCGCCCGCCCGCCCCGGAGCAGUCCCGGGCCCUCCCGCCUGCGUCCAGAUUUUUUAAAAAUACAAUGUCUAAUGGUUAUGAAGACCACAUGGCCGAAGACUGCAGGGAUGACAUUGGGAGAACGAAUCUAAUUGUCAACUACCUCCCUCAGAACAUGACCCAGGAGGAGCUACGAAGUCUGUUCAGCAGCAUUGGUGAAGUUGAAUCUGCAAAACUUAUUCGCGAUAAAGUAGCAGGACACAGCUUGGGCUAUGGCUUUGUGAACUAUGUGACUGCAAAGGAUGCAGAGAGAGCGAUCAGCACGCUGAAUGGCCUGAGGCUCCAGUCAAAAACCAUUAAGGUGUCAUAUGCUCGCCCGAGCUCAGAGGUCAUUAAAGAUGCCAACUUAUACAUCAGUGGGCUCCCAAGAACCAUGACCCAGAAGGACGUGGAGGACAUGUUCUCUCGGUUUGGGCGAAUCAUCAACUCCCGGGUCCUUGUGGAUCAGACCACAGGUUUGUCCAGAGGGGUUGCGUUUAUCCGGUUUGACAAACGGUCGGAAGCAGAAGAGGCAAUUACCAGUUUCAAUGGUCAUAAACCCCCAGGUUCCUCUGAGCCCAUCACAGUGAAGUUCGCAGCCAAUCCCAACCAGAACAAAAACAUGGCCCUCCUCUCGCAGCUGUACCACUCUCCUGCAAGGCGGUUCGGAGGCCCCGUGCACCACCAGGCACAGAGAUUCAGGUUCUCCCCUAUGGGUGUAGAUCACAUGAGUGGGAUUUCUGGUGUCAAUGUCCCCGGAAACGCUUCUUCGGGCUGGUGCAUCUUCAUCUACAACCUGGGGCAAGAUGCUGAUGAGGGGAUCCUCUGGCAGAUGUUUGGCCCCUUUGGCGCAGUCACCAAUGUGAAAGUGAUUCGUGAUUUCAACACCAACAAGUGCAAAGGGUUUGGUUUUGUGACCAUGACAAACUAUGAAGAAGCUGCAAUGGCCAUAGCAAGUCUGAAUGGCUACCGCCUGGGGGACAAAAUCUUACAGGUUUCCUUCAAAACCAACAAGUCCCACAAAUAACUCGCUCAUGCUUUUUUUGUACGGAAUAGAUAAUUAAGAGUGAAGAAGUUGAAACUUUUUUGUUAGUGUACAACUCAUUUUGCGCCAAUUUUCACAAGUGUUUGUCUUAGUCUAAAUGAGAAGUGAAAAGGUUUUUAUACUCUGGGAUGCAACCGACAUGUUCAAAUGUUUGAAAUCCCACAAUGUUAGGCCAAUUUUAAGUUUCUUAAGUUAUUUCCUUUAAAAUAUAUAUUAAACAGAAACCUAAGUAGACUGCAUUGAUUAACCAGUCCCUCUGGAUGGUGGUGGAACUGAAGCAUGCUUUAACUUCUAAGACUGUCUAACACUCGUUAUACUCGAUGUCUCCACAAACUGGAUUUAAAAAACAAUCUUUUAGUUUUAGUUUUUAAUCUAAAGAUGUUAGACAGAUGUCGAGUGUACGUUUUUUUUUUAAGCGAUUUAUGCUUUGGUUGACAGGAAAUUGCUUUCCCAAGCAGGUUCCGCUGCCACCUCCUGCUCACUCAGUCCUGGGCUCUGUGGAGUGGUUCUGGGAGUGGCAGCGCACCUAUCCCUUGUGGGCUACCACCAGGGAGGGGGUCCACAUGCUGGGCCGGGCUGGGCCCUCCAGAGGACACAAAGGUGUUUCCUUAGCCCGGGCACCAAUGGGAAUGGACCAAAGAGUUUCAGGGAAACUCCAGUAUAUUCCAGAGUCAGACCUGAGCUCCAGGCACACCUGAAGAUGUGUCGCUCCUCUGACAUCCCCAGUUGCUGUCCACACAUUGCAUGCACAGUGCCCCACACAUCAGACACUGUUGUUCACAUGAUUUCUCCAGUUUCCAAGAGCAUUUAACAUAGCUUGAAUGUGCAAGAUAGCUCUAUUUUUUAAUAACACAUAAACAUUUGAGCAUUGUAUUUCUCGCAUCCCUCCUUGUGAGCGCUAGACUUUUUCUAUCUUAGUCGGAUUUUGUUUUGGAAUUUUGCUUUCUUAUGGACACUCAGCAGAAAAGUACUUCUUGCCAGUUAUCUAUUAACAAAACCUUUGAUUUGUAGUUUUAAAAAUUAACCCUCAAAGUUCUCUUCAUAACUGCCUUGACAUUUGGGGUUGUUCUGUUCUGUUAAUUUUCUUUUGCUUUUUUGUGUUUUUUGUUUGUUUUUACUUUUGCAUUUAAGACCAUUAAAUUUGAUUUUGUUUUGCUCGA